AUUGGUUUUUCUGUUCCUUAAAUUUCAGAAUGAGUUUUGUAUGGUGGGUUAUGGUAAGUACGCAUUAAUUCGUCUUGCCAGGUGAAAAUUCCGGCCAGGUUUCAGGCCGGAAAGUUCCAUUCCGGCCGUAAAUGUGUACGAUUUCUGACCGUAUUCCUUCUUUCCGGCCGUAUUUUGGCAUUCCAGCCGGAAUCUGUUACGAUUUCCGACCGUAUCCCCAUUGUUUCUGGUCGGAGUCAGAGUUUCCGACCGUAGUCAAGCGUUUAACGGUCGGAGGGGUUCCGGUUUACGGUCGUUAUCGAUACGGUUAGCGACCGGAGCCAAUCUUUUCGGCCGUACGUUUUUUGGUCAACCGUAAAUGACUUGUAACUCCUAAACUAACAGUCACAGGGGGAAACGGCGUGUGUUACAGGUUGAUAGCAAACUGUUAUUAUGCAUGAGAUAAAAAAAUGUUUUGUUUUUUUUUGACCAUGGGCUACUAAGAGAACGGCUAGAGAUAGAGCAAUUUAAACAUCACCAUCGUGCUCCGCGUCGAAAUUGUACACGGGAGAGUAUCUUUAUCGCGUAUUAAAACACGCCCUUGGACUCUGCUCACGGAACACUCUAACUCCCUCCGGCCAGGAGGACAACUUCCGACCGGUACAUCCUCCGGUCGAAACAUUCUCCAGCCGGAACAACCUCCGCCCGGCGUCUGGACUACGGCCGGAAAGUGUUCCAAUUUACGGGCGGAGGAGAGUUACGGACGGAACUAAUACGACCGAAAGAGUUACGGCCGGAAAUAUUAUGACCGGAAUUUGCACCCGGGGGGUCUCUACUUUCGGUUCAAGGUCUAGAAAACGCAUUUCAAUAGUAGUUUCAAUCUAAACACGUUUCCAAUUGAAACGCAGGAAUGGGUGAAAAGUGACAAGUACAAAACCUCUUAUGCACGGGUUCAGCCAGCGGCCAAUUUUCAAAGUACAACGAAUGAACUUUUCCGGACAAAAUCACCCUUCUUCGUUCUGACGCAUUAAAUUGGCUUACUUGGGACUAGUUUCGAGUCAUUUUAGACCAUUUUAGCUGGUUUUGGGGCAUUUUUUAUGUUUUUAUAACAGUUCCCUUCCAGCUUGGAGAAAAACCGUGACCCGAGCUAAUGAAGUCAGUGGAUUUCAGUGUGCUGGGCUGUGGCCAUUUAAUCCUGAUGCUGUACAGUUAGUGAAAGAAACAGCAGCAGAAGUUCUGUCACCACUAACUUACUAAAUAAUGAAGCAGGCCCAAGCUCUCCUUCCCCUGCCCAGAAUAUAGGUGAGGAAGAAAAUGAAAAUCUACAAUAGACCUGUGAUGACUCCAUGAUAAGAACAUGUGAAUGUGAGAGAGUUGAGAAUUUGGACUUCAAUGAGGAAAAUGGUAAAGUCCCUGUAAUUGUUAAUUCUCCUCGUGCAUCUGAGGUACGCUCUGCCCCUACUCGGUCCAUCCUUGGUCUACAUACUAAUAAUCAGAACUUUGAUCGCUUUGGUCUAAGAGAUAUUUCAAAUACUAACUCUGCUGAGCAACGAUCCACUGCGCAAAUAGUCACUCCACCUCAGGUAGACUCCAACACAGAAAAUCCAGUGGUGUCUGUCAUCAAGUCUAUGUUCACUUCGUCACAAACUCAACCUGAGAAGCCCUCAAGACAAGUCACUUAAACACAGCUUUUGACUAGUUCAGAAUUUGUAUCUGAACUUCAAGCAAAAAAGGAAGUCAAGAGGAAGAAAGAAGAAGGAAAGCUAGAAAGAUUAAGACAGAGAGAGCUGAAGAAGAAAGAAAGAGAGAUGAUUGCAGCAAGGACAAAAAUAAAAAUAAUAAAAACAAGAAGAGGAAAAGGAAAGCUGACUCAGAAUCAGAGGACUCCAUUGACAUGGAUGACCCAGAGGCUGUCGUGUCAAAUUCUGAAAAAGAGGAAGGAGAGGAAGAAGAAUUAUGUGGUGUGUGGCGACUGUCAAGAGCACAGAAGACGCCAGAA